UGUUGUCGUUCGAAAUGAAACGGAUAGGUGGGACCGACUACAGAGGAAAAUAAGUACCAGCAGCUGUGGGGAAGUAAUUCAAGUAACAACACCGGCCUCACACAUUAAUUAAUUUGACAUCAUUUUUGUAAAACAGAACAAUUCUUUUCGUCUGUUUUACUGUCUGCAGAGCAAGUGUCAUCAGCAACAGACGCCAGGCCGCUCCAGUCUGUCUUCUGUUGCUGAUCUCUUCUUCUACUCUCAGCUGAGCAGAAAUGCCUGAAUGCUUACUUCAUUUCCUCUCCUCUUAAGCGAGGUUCUGCUGGUGUUCCUGGGGGCGACCCCAAUCCCUCUGCCAAAAUCCGGCUAAUAGAUGUAACGACGAGGUUGAUCAGGAGAAGCCACCAUGUCUUAAACACAGACAGGCCCUCUGGAGCCCUGUCCCCCCACCCUAGACCUCCCUCCCCCUCCCCCAUCCACCACCUUACCCCCUCUCCCAGUCCCAUUCCUCUGCCUGAUCUCCCUACACAUUUGAGGGGCAGACUACCCAGCGCUGGCUCCCCGCUGGGACACCUCUCCCCAAGCUCUAGAGAGAUGAGCCUGCAGAAACACCAACCUUUGGGUGGUGGCAGUGGGAUGAUGGGCUCUGACCGAGACCUGCAGUCCACUGCUUCCUCCAUCUCUCUGCCCUCUGUAAAGAAGGCCCCCAAGAAGAGGCGCCUCUCCCUAGCCUCGUUUUUCAGACGCCGGGGUCGGGAACGCCAUAGAUCCAGAGACCUCCAUCAUCCUGGAGUGGGAGGAUUUGGAGGAGUGGACGGCAUUGCAAGCAUCGAGAGUAUCCACUCAGAGAUGUGUAAUGACAAAAACUCUUCUUUCUUCUCUUUGGCUGGGACUGGAGCUGCUGCUGCCGCGUCAUCUGCGUCAGGGCCUUCUUCGUCUAUGUCCUCCUCAUCUUCCAAGGGUGUGAGUGGGAGAGCGGCAGAGCUCUUGGAGUGCCCGCUGUGCCUCCUGCGCCACUCUAAGGAGCACUUCCCUGACAUCAUGACCUGUCCACACCGCUCCUGCAUUGAUUGCCUUCGCCAGUACCUGCGGAUUGAGAUCUCAGAGUCACGUGUAAACAUCAGCUGCCCUGAGUGCUCAGAGCGCUUCAACCCACACGACAUCCGCAUGAUCCUGGGAGACCAGGCGCUCAUGGACAAAUAUGAGGAGUUCAUGCUGAGGAGGUGGCUUGUGGCUGACCCUGACUGCCGCUGGUGUCCUGCUCCAGACUGUGGAUAUGCAGUUAUUGCCUUCGGGUGUGCAAGCUGUCCUAAAAUCACCUGUGGCAGGGAAGGCUGUGGCACAGAGUUCUGUUACCACUGUAAGCAGCUGUGGCACCCCAAUCAGACGUGUGAUGCUGCACGGCAGCAGAGAGCCCAGAGCCUUCAUCUGAGGACAGUCCGAUCAUCCUCACUCAGCUACAGCCAGGAGAGCGGAGCUGCAGCUGAUGACAUAAAGCCAUGCCCCCGCUGUGCUGCUUACAUCAUCAAGAUGAAUGACGGUAGCUGUAACCACAUGACCUGUGCUGUUUGUGGCUGUGAGUUCUGCUGGCUGUGUAUGAAGGAGAUCUCAGACCUGCACUACCUGAGUCCAUCAGGCUGUACUUUCUGGGGGAAGAAGCCAUGGAGCAGGAAGAAGAAGAUUCUUUGGCAGUUGGGAACACUAGUGGGCGCCCCCGUCGGCAUCGCACUCAUAGCCGGCAUUGCUAUCCCCGCUAUGAUUAUUGGCAUCCCUGUUUAUGUGGGGAGGAAGAUCCAUAACCGCUAUGAAGGUAAAGAUAUUUCCAACCACAAGAGGAACCUGGUGAUUGCUGGUGGAGUGACCCUCUCUGUCAUUGUGUCUCCAGUGGUGGCUGCUGUCACUGUCGGAAUUGGAGUUCCCAUCAUGCUGGCUUAUGUUUAUGGUGUAGUGCCCAUCUCAUUGUGUCGUAGCGGCGGUUGUGGCGUGUCAGCUGGAAAUGGUAAAGGAGUUCGCAUAGAGUUUGAUGACGAGAAUGACAUGAAUGUUGGCAGUGGGACAGCUGCUACAGAUUCUACCUCUGUGGCAGACACCAGAAACAACCCAAGUUUGGGUGAAGGUAGUGUUGGGGGGCUAACAGGUAGCCUGAGUGCCAGUGGCAGCCACAUCGACCGUCUUGGGGCCAUCAGGGACAACCUUAGCGAAACCGCAUCCACAAUGGCUCUAGCUGGUGCCAGUAUCACAGGCAGCCUCUCCGGCAGCGCCAUGGUCAACUUCUUAAACAGGCUAGAGGUGCAGGCUGAUGUUCAGAAGGAGCGCUGCAGUCUGAGCGGGGAGUCUGCCACUGUCAGUCUGGGUACAAUCAGCGACAACGCUAGCACCAAAGCAAUGGCUGGAUCCAUUCUUAACUCUUACAUGCUGCUUGACAGGGAUGGGAGCAGUAUGGAGGUUCAGGUCGACAUUGAAUCAAAACCCGGCAAACUUCGGCAUCACAGCGGCAGCAGUAGCACGGAUGACGGCAGCCAUGUUGGCCGCUGUGGCUGGACUUACCCUUCCAACGGUUGCACCUCCUCAGAAUGCAAAGGAGCCUCAGCUAAGUGGGCCAAAGAGGCAUCCUGUUCCUCCUCGUCCAGCUCAGGGGGCAAAAAAUGCAAAGGAAAGCUACGCAAGAAAGGUGGGGGAGGCACAAAAAUAAAUGAGACACGGGAGGACAUGGAUGCUCAGCUGCUGGAGCAGCAAAGCACCAACUCCUCAGAAUUCGAUUCUCCCUCCCUGAGCGGUAGCCUGCCGUCUGUGGCAGACUCUCACUCCAGUCAUUUUUCAGAGUUCAGCUGCUCUGAUCUGGAAAGCAUGAAGACCUCCUGUAGCCACGGCUCUGGCGGAGGCGAGUACCACACACGCUUUGCAAAUGUCAGCCCCCUGCCUGAGGUGGAGAACGAUCGACUGGAGACCUGUCCGGCUUCUUCAUCCUCUCCUCAGAGCAAAGGAGCCGCAUUUACUCCCCAGUCCCCCACCUCUUCUCUCGGCCACGGCGCAGAGCUUUCUCCUCUCUGCUUUGUAACAGAGGACGGUGUCAACUUGGUGUGCCCUGCUGAGCUGGACUCUCACAGCAACACCAGAGAGACUCUGAAAGAAACCAACAACAACCAACAACAACCACAGACCCAGCAGCAGCAGCCAAAGAACUCCUGUAUACAGACUGAUAUAUAAAAUCUCAAUACCUUAAGUGCUGCACAGAUGCUGUUUUUAUUUGAUAUCGUUUUCUUCUCUAGCUUACACUCCAACCUGCAUCGCUGUCCGCCUCUUUUAAAGGGGAUGUGUUAAUUUGGGAUUAAUGCCCUUCAUAAAGGUUAUACCCUGAAGUAUAACACUGUGUCCACUAUCAGAGGGCUGUUAGGAAGUAUUCCCAAAGAUCAGCCAUAUGAGAAAUGUAAAGGUUGUGAAUGUUAAUGUUUCUCCCUGUGGAUCCCAGACUGCUGACACUUUAUGAUCGUUCUCUUACUCACCACUUGUAACAGAGACAGCCCACUGAUGUGGUGGCUGUUCAACAAUCUGUGGAGGCUAAAUUAAAAACCACUGUGCCAGUUAGGCAGUACUUGAUUUGGGCUUAAUAACAGACAUUAAACACACUGCAGGAACUUAAAUGUUACAGCUUUCCAGAAGUGAACUCUAACAGGGACCAGACAGUGUGAAUCACGAGUUCCUCUUUAUUUCCCCACAGAUGUUUUUGUUACAGAGGAACGUUCUUGUCUGUUUAUGAAUAUACUUUUUCGUCUUUCCUUGGAUGAAUGUUUAGAGAUGAACCCUGGAUUAAACUGGACGGCCUGGGCUUGUUCAGAAAUUCAGAGGUGGGAUGGUAUCAAGUAUCUUUUGAUUGUAAAUGUUUGAGCUGCCAGCGUUAGCCCAUUAUGAACAACUGGAGACAGAGUGUGAAGCAAAAUUUACCUUAGAGCCAUCGAUAAAAAGUCCCACUUUAGAAGAAAUAAAGUCUAAAUUCAUUUCAGCAAAGAUUAGCUGUUUGACUCGCAAAGUGCCUGGGUUAGCUGCAUCUAAAAUCAAAGUGAAUCUCUCUGGCCACUGCAGAGAUUAUGUAGAGCGAGAAUGUCUUAGGAAGCCUGUGGUUAGAUAA